AUGGCAUCCAUCAACGUGUCAUAUUUGAACCCCAGAACUGUAACCUUGAUUGGCAUUCCUGGACUAGAACAUGUGCAGUUUUUGAUUGGGUUUCCUUUUUUUGCUGUGUGCCUAGUGGCUCUUCUGGGAAAUAUCCUUUUACUGAUCAUCAUCCCUGCAGAACGUAUUUUGCACCAGCCCAUGUACAUCUUCCUGGCUGUGCUGGCAGCAACUGACAUAGGACUCUGUGCAGCCAUUGCUCCCAAGAUGUUGGCCAUCUUUUGGUUCAGAUCUUGCUCCAUGACCUUUGAUGCCUGCCUGGCGCAGCUUUUUUUCAUCCAUGCCUUGCAGUGCAUGGAGUCUGGCAUUCUGUUAGCCAUGGCCUUUGACUGCUACAUUGCCAUCUGUGAUCCUUUGAGGCAUGCAUCCAUCCUCACACCUUCCAUCUUGCUUCGCUUGAUUGUGGUAGUGGCAAUCCGAGCUACAGUGCUGGUUGGUCUGUUACCCAUUCUAAUAAAAAGACUGCAUGCUUUCCAUUCUGUUCAUAUUGCCCACUCUUACUGUAAGCACAUGGCAGUGGUCAAACUGGCUGUGGAAGACAUCCAAGUCAAUAAAGCCUGCGGACUUUUCGUGGGCUUUAGCAUUCUGGGAUUUGAUAUGAUUUUAAUCCUUGUAUCCUAUAUUCUGAUUAUCCAAGCUGUUUUUCGUCUACACUGGAAGGAGGCACAGCUCAAAGCAUUUAACACAUGCACAGCUCAUAUUUUUGUUUUCCUUGAGUUUUAUAUUCUUGCCUUUUUCUCCUUCUGCAGUCACCGUUUUGGACAUGUUGCCCCCUCUACCCACAUUCUUUUGUCUACCAUUUACCUCCUUGUGCCACCUGCACUCAACCCUGUUGUCUAUGGUAUAAAAAAUAAGGUAAUUCGAAAUCGUGUGGCACAGAUUUUUCUUCUGAAUUAUGGAUCCCAGUAG